AGGCCCACGGGCCGGGGCGUGCACUGUUUUAUACUAGUUUUAGCCAAAUUCGGGAAUUACGAAAUAAAACGCGUACGUAACAUCCCGGUGCCGGGUGUCUCUGUCCGGGGGCUGGAUGGCUCCACCCCCGGGACGGGGCGGUUUUUGGGAUUAGGGACAUUUGCAUAAUGACUCGUUUGCGCGCCGUUCAUCAGCGUUUCCCGGGUGGGGCCGGAAGCGGCGCGUUCGGGCCCGGGACAGCGGGGAGAGCCCGGCGGGGCCACCCAGGAGUGUCGGGGGCUGCCCCGGCUGUGCCCGGGGCACGGCAGUGACCGGGGCAGUGCACGGGGGGCGGGGGGAGCUCCCCCGGGAGGGCAGCGGGGACUGAGCUGGGGAUGGGGGAGCUGCCGGGGAAGGGGUGUCGGAGGGCUCCGAGGCGUUCCCGGUGCGACCCCAGUGACGCUCCCGCAUCCUCGGGCGGGAAGGGCAGGUAAGGGCAGUCCCCGAAACUGGCGCCGGGGUCGGCUCCGAGCACGGCUGGCUGGGUCCUGGUACCCCCGCGCCUCUCCCCGUGUGACCCGUGCCCGGCUCUCCCCGUGUCUCGCAGGCGGCUGUGCAGCCCCCAGCAGCGAUGGAGCCCCGCUGCCCGCCCUGGCUGCAGAGCUGUGCCCGGCCCUGCCGCCUCCUGCUCCACGCGCUGGGCUCCGGCCCCGCCGGGGCUCUCGCCGCCCUCCGGAUGCUGCAGCGGGACCAGCCCCGCGAGGGACCGGGACGGGCGUUCCCCUGGCAGGCCCUCACCGCAGCCCUGUGCGCCGAGGAGCCCGUGCUGGAGGAGCCACAGGGGGUCCUGGCUGUCAAGCCACGGCUGCUGCUGCUGCCCAUCAUGUGCCAGAGAAACUUCUUCUCCCUGCUCCUCGUGAUGCAGGAUGCAGUGCCAGGGGGCUGCCUUGGCCAGCUGCUCCGGGCCAUGGAACAGGAUUCCCAUGUGGAUCCCUGGAUGCGGAUGCUGGGGGAUCUGCUCCAGCAGGGACCAAGAAGAGAAGAGCACUUCCCAUCUCCCACUCCACUCUCUUCUACGUGCCAGCAGCAGCUUAGGUGCCUGUGCCAGAAAAUUGCCCAGAACAAACCCGAGGGGCAAAGGAAAUGGAACUGGUGCUUUAGUAAGCAGCCUGGUGCCCCUGGAGAUCUGGCUGACUCUGUGCCUCAACGUGGAAAGCGCAAGAAAGUGUCAGAGGAGGGAGUGGAGUUGAUCAGUGACAGAGAGAGGAAGAGGUUGCUGCUGGAGGAGGUGGCAUUUGACCCUCUGGGACCCCAGGAAUGUGGGGAUGUGACAGGGAUAGAAGAGGAGGUGCCUGAGGAGCCUUCAGUGGAUACACGUGCUGAGAGCACAGAGGGGGCUGCUCCAGACAGCUCCCAGCAGGACGCAGUUGGGGAGCUCAGGAAGAGUCCCAAAACAGAGCUGGCAGCAGAGGCCCAGUCCUUUCUCCAGGUACUGGGUAGGGUUUGCUCUCCCCUUCCAGACAGUGAGCCUUUACAGCCUGAUUCCCCUUCCUUCAUCUCAUUUCCUCAGGUGCAUGGACAGAAGCUGAAAAUGCUGCUGCUGCAGGAGUCCAGUCACUCUGAGCUGAGCAUCCCGCCUGAGCUGUGCAUCCUGAACAACUGCUCCCCCAGCCAGCUUGAAGGACUGUGCUCCUUCCUCCAGCUGUCUGUGUGCCCAGAGCCCUCCCUGGGGCGUUUCUGCAGGUGGCUGCUGGCUCUCACCCCUGACCUCAGCUACACCAGUGCGGCCAUCCUGGCAGAGCAGCUCUUCCUCAGGCGAGUCCUGUCCCUUACCCAGCCGCCUUCCCGACACCUCAUGGCUGCCCUCGCUUCAUUUUGCUCCAAGUAUUCCCAGCCCUUCUGCCACGUGCUGGUGGCUGCGAUCCUGCAGGAGCCAGGGGAAGGUGCUGAGCAGACCAAGCUGGUGUGUGAGCUUGUGGAGGAGUGCCUGGAGCCACACUGUGUGCAGCUGGUGCUAAGCCAAGUCUUGGAGAUGCCUUUGUCAGAGAAGCUCCUGCCGGUAGUGCAGGCCGUGCUGGGGCGGCAGGAGGUGCUGCCCCCGGAGCUCUUGGAUCUCCUGGUCCUGACUCUGUGCCGGCGGGCCUCAGCCUUUGCCACAUCACUUGACUAUGCCAAGCUGGUGACGGCCCUGCUUACCAUGUACCAGAGCCAGGUCACCCCAACUCACCGGAGCAGUCUGGCUGCCGCCCUGGAUCAGAGCAAUGCAACUCUGAAGAAAUCACUGCAGGCUGUGCUGGAAGGGGCCAGAUGAGGUGACCACCAAAGGGAACUGCGAGGUGACAGGUUCCUUGCAUAGAGGACGCUCAUUGCACAGUGGCAGCUGCAGCCCCCCCUUCACAGGGUUCCCCCCAGUGAGGUGGGACCCCACAGGUGGGGUCUGUGCCCCACAGAGCACCCAAAGCCUCACGGCAGCAUCUGAUGUGAGGGGACUAUCACUGGGCGGCGCCAUCCCAGCCUCCCACAUCCCCAGAGGGCUCUUGUUUGAACAAUUAACGUGUUUCCAGGCGUUUCUGUAUGUGCUCUCCCUUCGCCCCGCCGCACUCAACAUGGCGGCCCGGCCCCGCCGCACUCAACAUGGCGGCCCCGCCCCGCCGCACUCAACAUGGCGGCCCCGCCCCGCCGCACUCAACAUGGCGGCCCCGCCCCGCCCCUCCAAGGGUGCCGGCCGGGUGGGGCUGUGGGGGCUGAGUUCGCAGAUCCUGAGUUAUUAUUAAUGUCCAAAACACAUCGCUGAACCAGGACGGAUAUUGAUUUGAGGCUCUGUGAAGCUAAUAAUUCUGGACUUAAUUCAGUAUCCUGAUUUUACGUUGUCACAUCCCAAGGCAGAAGCCCUGCACACGUCAGCGUUCCUCUCCGAGGGCUGGGCUGGGUUCGGAGCAGUGUCUGCUGCGCUGUGUGUCUGAUCGGCUGGGAUUUACAGAUUUCUGGGUUCAGGAGAGUGGGAUUUAACUGAAGAGCUGGGAAACUUGAAUUUUCUGCUUUAAAUCCACAUUUUUUUCCUGUUUGCUAGGGACCCUGCUGUGUGUGACACAUUUCCGGGGAUGAUGACACUUCCCGUUGCAGGGUGUUUAAUGAUACUCUAAUAAAAAGUGCUUCUAUAGUGUGAUUGUGCCCAAA